UAUAUAUAUAUGUAUAUGUAUAUAUGAUUUUGAAACCUGAUUUUUCAAGUUUCAACAAGCUGUUUUACCUGUCCCUGUGGUGUUAUUUCGUGUUGGUCUCGAUUUGAUUUUAUAUUUUUAAAAGUUCGACAGAAAAAUGUUGCAAAACAAAAGGGUGGAUCCCACCAGGGACCUGGUGACAUGCCCAUUUAUCAGUGCUCGUGUUAUUGUGGCUUCUCGUCUCGGCAAUCACCUGCUAAAAUGCCAGAAAAAUUAUCCAGACAUGGAUAAAGCAAAAUGUAAAUUCAACUCUGAUCACAUUGUGCCAAAACACGAGUUAGACCAUCAUGAGGCAAACUGCACCUACCGUAGGAACUGGGAACAUUUUACCCAGAGAGUGGGAGCUUCCACCUGCCCGGUAACCAAUGCGGUUCCUAUUCAUGUUGAAGUCCCUGAUUCUAUCGAGGACUGGGAUAAUGUCCCUGUAGUGCAGAACGUUGUGUCUCCGCUGGAUGUUAUACAGCAGAAAAUCGUGGAUGAACGAGUGAUGCGACCGCUGGCGAAGAACGGGCUGACAAAAUCAGAGCGCAAACUAUUCACUUUGGCCGAGCAGCGUCGCUUGGAACGCCUUCAACAAGAGAAGGCAAUGGACGAAGAGAGAGCUAAAGCACAAGGGGCAGCAGGAGAGAAGAAAGACAAGAAAUCCAAGUCCGAUUUGGACUCAAAUACGCCGCUACGUCUGCCAAAGACUUGAAGAAAUUAUUGGAAAAUGCAGUCAGUCAGAACACUCAAAAUGACAGAGAGAAAGAGGUCGAGCAGAUUUGCCAGCGCCUGGCGGAACAAUAUGUAAUGGGGACUGAGAUUAGUUUUACGCUUGUCUGUAGGAAGAAGAGCAACUCUAAGAAGCACCGAGGUUGAUAAGUUACCUGCACAUAUAUACAAUAUAUAAUUAUGUUAAUUUUUGUGUUCAUUUUUAUAUUCAUUAUUACAGUUUUUGCUUAAUUUUUCUCCAUUUUCAGUUGUAACAAUACCUAAUAAUUAUGUAUCAUUUUUGGUCAAUUACUCUUCAAGUACAGUAACACAUUCAUUUAUAUUA